GCUGAGCGCGCGCCUGGCCGCGCGGGGCCCACGCGCCAGGCCGGCCGUCGUCUUCUUCCUCCUCCCGCUCAGUCUCCUCUCCCUCUCCGGGAAAACCUAGCACCAUUGCUCCCCCAAAUCCGCCCCGAUUCCAACCGUUCUUUCCAAAUUAAUUGGGGGGUUUUAAUCCCCAUUGAAUCCUCUUCAAUUCCCCCCAAUUUCCCCCCUUGAAUGGCGCCCCCAAUCGUCGGGAACGCCCGCGUUUUCUCCGGCCGCCUUCCAUUGCCGCCGGCCGUGGUUCCCGCCGCCGUUCCCGCUCCUCCCGUGGCCGGCUCCCUCCCCCAUCCCAUAAAAUAUGAUCCUCAUCCUCCGUUCUAUCGUUUUAACCCCAUCCCGAGCCUCCCCGUGGUCCCUAGCCAUCUCCCCGCCGUCCUCCUCUCUCUCCCGUGCCGCCGGCCGCCUCCAGCCGCCUCUCCCUCCUCGCCGGAGCGUCGUCCGGUCGCGCCGUCGCCUCCUACAACAUCGCAGCUGCCUCCUCUUUCCCGGCUUCGCCUCCGUUUCGUGGGGAAAUCACCGGAGACGCGUCCUCGCCGACGACUAGUGGUGUCGCCACCACUCCACCGGCUCCAGCCAUCCCUGCCGCCUCGCCUGAGCGCCGGCCGACGUCGCUGCCACCUCUGUCGGUGCGGUAGUGCCAUCCUCUUCUCCGGCCCGGCUGCGGCGUCGCCCGAAGUUCGCCGGAACGCCGCCGCCGCGCCAACCACCCAUUCCUCCUCGUCGGCUCGUCGCCCCGCUGCACCACCACCUUCACCAACAUCGCAGCGGCGUGUUCCACGCCGUCCCCUCCUCCGCGCAGCCGCUGCUGGCUGCCAUCGUCGCUUCCUCGUCACCGUUCGUCCUCGCCGAUCGACGUCCCAUCGGUCGCCUGGCUCAUCGUCUCGCGGCGCCGCCUCCGUCAUCGUCAUCGCAGCGGCGUGUUCCACGUCGUCCCCGUCUCCGUGCAGCCACUGCUGGCUGUCCCUCGUCGCCCCCUCGCCGGCCCCGGUCGUCGUCGUCCUCGUCCUCUCGUCGUUCCCGAUCGUCGUGGCGUUCGUCCCUCCGUCAAGCCGUUCUCGUUCGUCGUCCUCGCUUCCGCGUCGUCAAGAUCUUACUUGGUGGGAGCUAAGGUGA